AUGGAUGUCCUGGUUGGUCCUGGGUGCCUGAAAGCUUUCUUGCCCAGCUGGCCCGCAAAUCGCAAACAGUAUGAGACAGCGUCUGCCCUUUACGAAGGCCGUCGGACGACUGAGCUGGACUUUUCACACGGAAAUCCAAAGGUCUCAUCUUUUGGGGGUUUCCCAGCUCAUGACUACUUCUCAGGUGGUAGCUUCUACGUUCUCUCAACAUCUGGUCAUACCAUCGGCGCUUGCACGCACGACCUCCAAGAACGGCGAGUCGACGUUUACAUUCAUGGGUGGCGAUAUUGCUCACUCACAUGCCGUCUUCAGGCCCACUUCGAAAUAUCCCCUUCCAGCCACUCCAAAUGGCCGACCAUUCACGUCUACUACCUGUCCAGCAAACAUAUCGUCCAGAUGCAUCACCUUUAUUCCAAGCCCGAGGGCCAGACGCUUUCCCGAACGACGCCGUUCAGUCGAGUUGCGGGUCCGGAGCAUGAUCUCGCGGAAUCGCAGCGUAGUGCAAAUAGGCUGACCAAUUUUGACGAUGAGGGAAACAUCUUGACCGUACUGGCACAUGAUGCGAGCCUGCAAGAUGUCCUCGAAUUCUUCCCCAGGAAAGCAAAUGACUGGAAGGAGAAGGGAUGGAAGAAAGAAGGCCAUUGGCGAUGGCUAGCGCCGCGUCUGCAAAGCUGUGGGCCAUCGAAGCUCUGA